CCGAACGAGGCGGUCGUGUGCAACGGACGCGGUGCGGUUAUUGAAAAAGAAGUUUCCCAAAAAGUGAGAGAGAGUUAGUUGUUGAUGUGAAAGAUUCUCAUAUCGUUCUUUUUGUUUUUUUGUUUUGUACACACGCAACGAAACUGAAUUCGAAUUCGUCGUCGGUGCAAUUGUAAUAAAUGCCGGUCUCGCUGCUGUCCAUGUAAAAACCGGUUUAUUCUGCCGCGACGCCUUUUUUUUCGUCCCAACUGCAACAGCAGCAGCAGCAACAACAACAACCACAAAGAAAAGAAAUUCAUUUAUUUACACAUUUUCGGACCGUCUGCGAGUGUGUUUUGUGAAAGUGUAUGUGUGUGCGUUGACUCCCACGCCAAGGAUCGCUAGCGAUAUAUUGAAAGAAUCGAAAUCUAAAAUCAAAAUCAACAAAAUCGCGCAUCGUUUAAUCGGUAAAAAGAUCCACAAAUAUUUUUUUCUGGUGUGUGUGUGUUUUUUCUAAAUGAAAUUGCCAGUGUAAAAAAAAUCAAAUCAAGAGUCCAAGAGUUGAAGGAAGGCAAAAGCCAAAAGCAAAAAGCAAAAAGCGCAGCAAAAAAAAUAAAUAAAUGCAAAUCAAGAAGUCAAAUUUGUAAAAAAAAAAUAAAGAGAGUAAAGAGUCAAAUGCAAAUAUAACAAAUGCAAAACAUGUGAAUUACAAAAACACAAACAGACCAAGUAAACGAAACAACAAAAGAAAAAAAAACAACAAGCAAAUAGGAGUGUGAAUUAAAAGUAAAGGCAAAAAGUACCAGAAAUCAAACACAACAACAGCAAGGAAGAAGCACGCACGCACAAAACGAAAAGAAAAGAGUGUGGCUUAAAGCGGCUUAAAGUGUUUUGUUUGUGCUCACAUAUUUCCAUAUUCAUAAACAGUCAAAGGACAAGAAGCAGCAGCAGGACUUUCAACUCAAAUCGCAAAACUUGGCUUUUCAGCUAGUUGAUGAUGCGCUUCUUUGUCAGCGCUUGAGUAUCGCGAGUGUCGUUAGUGUAACCGAUACCGGAAUACCUGAGUGUCCCCAUCAUCAUCAACAGCAGCAGCAGCAGCAGCAACAUGUAUCCGGCCAGCGCCAGCAGCAAUGCCGCCGCCGCCGCUGCCGCAACCAAGUUCCAGAACCGUUGUGUGUCGCCGCAAUUCGCCAGCUUUGCGCCGCCACCGCCCUCCGAUUAUCCGCCGCCCCAGCAACAGCAACAACAGCAGCAGCAGCAACAGUUGCUGUCGGGACAAACCACCGCGGUGGCUGUGCACAGUGCACCGGGACACGGCUCGAUGCGACAUCUGCAGCGCAACCAGGCGCUGACCAUGAGUGGCCACGGACAUGGACAUGGCCAUCCGGGACAUCCAGGUCAUGGUCAUGCCUCACAUGGACAUGGCAUCAACAUGGGCAUGAAUAUGGCCAUGGGCAUGGGACAUGGCGCCGCCACAUUGGGACAUCACCAUCAGGGUGGCCAUCGCGGCGAUCUCAUUUUCCCCGAUGACAUGGAUAGCAUUGAGUUCUGCAUGCCAGCACCGCCAUCAUCCUCGUCUUCAUCGUCACAGCAAAACGGGGAGCUGCUCCUGCUGCAAGGUAGCCACGGGGAGGCAUUCACGGAGCGACGACGUCGCGGCCACAGUCGACGCAGCAAUCACAAGAUGGAUGUGGAGCAGCAGGUGAAGUGGUCGCGUAAGAACAUCGCCGCCACUAUGGAGCGCUUUGAGCCCACCACGAACACACAGUCGUCGUCGUCGACCUCCUCGCUGGACUAUGGCUUCGCCGCUGGCGUCAUGACGCCCAGCAGCAGCAGUGCCACGCCCUCGCACGGCGCUGGCUCCGGCUCGUUGGGCAUGUCCUCGACGCCCUCGCUGCACGUGGCCUUCAACGGCGGAGGCGGCGCAGCUGGCGGCAGCAGCACAGCCAGCGGAAGCGGCGGAGGUGGAGGAGGAGGAGGAGCAGCAGCAGCUGCAGCCGGAGCACCAUUCAAUCAUGUGUACUCGUAUGCUUACUACGAACCCGGGGCAGCCAAAUGUCAUACGAAUGUGCCCGCCCAGGGCAACGGUCACCAUCACAAUAACCAUCACCAUCAACAGCAGCAGCCGCAGCCGCAUCCGCACUCAAAGAGUCCGCCACGCAACUCGAUACGCGCCCUGCUGGCGAAGAGUUUUCGCUCAAAGUCAUCGUCGCACAGCGGCCAAUCGACAUCGUCGUCACCCAGCGCCGAGGAGCGGGAUCGUCACACGUACACCACACGCUACGGCACCACCGAGAAUCUGUACGAGGAGGUCAGCGAUCAGAAGAUACGCAAGGUGCUAUCCGACAAUCGGAUCGCCAGCUCCGGUUCGGGCAAUGUCAAGGAGGAGCUGCGUCGUGUGCAGCACAAUCACUUCCGGGUGCUCGACGAAUUGAAUCUGUCGCUGGAGGCCCUAAUCAUGCCGCCCACGCCGCCCGACAUCAGUCCUAGCCACGGCGGACCGGCCAGCGCCAGCGCCAGUUCCAGCGAUGUGCAGCACGAGGCGCCAACCACAAGUCACAGCAGCGGAAGCGGCAGUGGCAGUGGAAGUGGCAGCAACAGCGGCUUUGGCAUGGGAAUGGGCAUGAGCAUGGGAAUGGGAAUGGGGGGCAUGGGUGGCAUGACUGGCAUGGGCAUGGGUGCCAUGGGCAACAGCUCGUCGUCGUCGUCAUCGUCCGCACAGGCGGCCAAGAAUCAAGUGCUGGCCACAGGCCAGCGGCCACGUCGCGGCGGUUUGCUGGGCGGUGCGGCGACAAGUGCCGCAUCCAAUUCAAGCUCGGCAUCGCAUGCCAGCUUGGAGAAUCUGUCGAGCACAUUGAACAGCAUGGAGCUGAAGGAUCAUGCGCACAGCAGCUGCAUCAAUCCGGAGUUCGAUGAGGGCGACCUGGACAGCGGCUUCAGUGGCAGCGGCAGCAGUAGCGGCGCCAGCUACAAUGAGAGUCUGCGCUACUAUAAAACGGGCACGCCCACCAGCCACAGCCACAGCCAUAAUCACCACAGCCAUAGUCAGAGCCAGAGCCAGAGUCACAAUAACAACAACGGAGGAGGCGGAGGCGGAGGAAGCAACAGCAACAAUAAUAAUCACAUACACACACUGCCGCACAAUCUGAAUCGCAGCUGUCGAUCCUCAACCGCAUCGGGCACAUCCACAUCGAAGAGCAGCAUGGCCAGCUGUGGCGAGGAUCAGGGAAUUGCUGGCAUGGGUCAGGGUGGCAUCGGUGGCAUGGCAGGCAUGCCGAUGGGCGGUAUGCCCAUGACCAUGACCCCAGGCAUAGCCAUGAACAUGGCCAUGGUCGGUGCCCUGCCGGAGUCGGCGGCGUCCGUCUCCCCCUUCAACUAUCAGCGUCGUUGCUCGGCGGAUCAACAGCGGGCCUCGGGACGCUCGAUGGCCUCGACUGCGGGAUCUGGUUCCGGAAAUGGAGCUGUGGCCGUUGCUGCCAUGGCGCGAAACCCAAAAAGAAUUUCUGGACCAUGAAACCGUGAUGCUACAAAAAGGCCCUGCGACACAUUUGCAAGAAAUGGAGCAUUGUUAUGGAAUACAAUACAAAGACUGCCUCAUGCCAUGCCAUCCACUACUAUCAACCGCAUCAGCAUCCACAUACGCAUUCGCACUCGCAUUCGCAUCAGCAUCAGCAUCAGCAUCAACAUCAGCAGCAUCAGCGUUAUCGGCAAC